GAUUUUAGUUUUUUUGAGUAUCUGAGCCACGAUUCAGAACCAGUAAUGGAACUUCAUUUCCCAUAAUGCACCGAGACCUCCAGAGCACCCAUGCUUUUGUUUUUGUUAUUGUUGUGAGAGGUUCGUGGCACAGCUCAUCUCAGCGAAUGUGUCAGUGUAAAUUGCACUUGUCAUCAAUCUCAUGCAUGUUUUCUCAUUUAUGACCGAACAUCGUUUUUCAAGAGGAUAUUGUUUUCAUUAUUUAAGCUAAAUCGGGUGCAUCACUAUUCUGUUGCCAUGGAGAAGACAUGGGGGGUGGAGUUUCGAAAUGUCGGAAGUUGCUACUUUCCUCAGAGCAGAGUGGACUGCCACUACACCAUCAACCCUCAGCACACGUGGGCCAGUAACCACUGGAUUGGACUGUUUAAGGUUGGCUGGACAUCAGUCAAGGACUACCAUACGUUUGUGUGGGCAGUAGCUCCAUCCAGCUACAAAGAGGGGACCUCUGUCAACUGCUGUGUUAAUUUCCAAGCUUCUUACCUACCAGGGCCUAGUGCUCAACAGUACCAGUUUGUGUAUGUGGAUGGAAGAGAAGAGGUUUGUUCUCGCAGCACUGCCUUCACCUUCUCAGCCCCAAAGCCCCUAGAGGAGCUGGUGACUCUGGAGGAGGAGGGUCAGGGGGAGGAAGUGGGAGAGGACAUGUUGCUGGUCAUUCCUAGAGCCCAGCUACUGCAGAGUCGUCUGCAGGAGUGUUUGAAGGAGCGUGCUGAGCUGCUCCAGGCUUUGAAAGCAGCAGACCAGAACGUGGAGAGAGAGAAAGGCAGGAGAGAAAGAGACAGAAGCUCCUGGGAGCAGAGCCGCAAGGGGCUGGAAAGGAAGAUCGGCGAGCUGAAGGAGGAAGUGAGAGAAUAUAGGGAGAAAGUAGAGGAGAUGAAGAAGAAGCAGAAGGAAGUUGAGGAUUUAGGUGAAGCCCUGACAGAGGAGAAGAGAGCCCUGCUGGCUCAAAAAGAAGCUAAUGAGCAGCGAAUCAGAGAGCUAGAGGAGGACAUUAAAGUACUGACCCAGAGAGGCCUGGAGAGAGAGACUGACCUAGAAAGUGUUGGGGAUGAGGCCACCACUGGAGCGGCCGCCGUUGUUGCAGCUGCUUCUGCUGGAGUGGCUGCCGUUGUUGCGGCUACUGCUGCUGGAGAGGCCACCGUUGUUGCGGCUGAUACCGCUGGAGAGAUCACCAUUGUUGCAGCUACUACCGUUGGAGAGGCCGCCUUUGUUGUAGCUGCUGCAACCGCGGCUUCUCCUGCAGGUACUGCUGUUUUUGAAGCUGCUGUUGUUACCAUGCCUAGAACUGUUCAGCUAAGCGAGACUCGUCGUGAGCUGCAGGAGCUGAAGGCCAGUCUCAGGGUGGCUCAGAAAGAGAAGGAGCAGCUGCAGACAGAAAUACAGGAAGUGAUGGAGUACAGCCGUCAGCUGGAGAGAAGGCUGGAGGUGCUGAGCGAUUCUAAAUGGAGUGAGACGGUGCUGCUGCAGAGCAGUUGUGCAGAAAGCCCACUGCUGUCUGAUUCUGAGGAUGAGAACCCAGAGGCCUUGCAGAACGCACACUCUUCUGGUCCUCUGAACCACUAUAGUCUGUGCGAGCAGCCCCAGGCCGACCUGCUGCUCCCGGCCACCCCUCCGCCUUCUCCCAGACACCCCUCGGGCAUGGACGCGGUGGUCAUCAACCAACCUGCACCCCUCUCAUCUCCACAUCAGCCCAGUGCUCACACACAUGCUCACAGCUCUGAGUCGGAGGAAGAGUAUGAGGCCGCUCAGUCAGGAGGGCACAGCUCUGGAGAGGAGACGGCUCUUCUCCUGCCUGACAACAGAGACACUACCCUCGGGUACAGCAUGCACAAACACACAUUCACUGUCUAUAAACCCCAUCGGUCACACUGUCGUUAUCUGUGACCUGCAGACACGGGCUCAGAUAGAUUUUCACAUAUACUCUUACACAACC